UUCUUGCCUUUCUGCUCACCUCUCCUCUCCCCACUUUCUCAUUGCUUUGGUGCCUCUAUUUUUUUAUUAUUAAAAAAUCAUACAACUUUAUGAUAUUAUUAUUAGUUUUCAAUAAAGGGGCAUGCAAAAUACUCAAGUAGCAAUGUCCUCGUGCUCUAAAACGAAAUGCAUUUGCUUUAAAUUCGACAUGUUUGCCUACUUUUAGUCCAACCUCAAAAUAGAAAAUAGAGCAUUCUCUAAUCUGUAAACCAAAAAAAAACGGAGUAAAUGGAGAAGCUUUCGACAAUGAAACUUCUUCCCGAAUUGUUGGCGGGUGCACAGUACGACAUUGCAGGGCAACUUAUGCUGAUCUGGGGUCAGAUCAGGGCGUCACUAGUGGUGCCAUUUCUGAGAAUAUUUAUGUAUAUUAAUCUGGUGAUGUUGAUAAUGUUGUUUACAGAAAAGGUUUACAUGGCUAUCGUGGUUGCAUUUAACAAACUGUUUGGCAAAACACCAGAAAAACGUUACAAAUUUGAACCAUUUGAAGAUGAUGUUGAGCUGGGUAGCUCUAUUUACCCUCUUGUUCUUGUUCAAGUUCCAAUGUUCAAUGAAAAAGAGGUCUAUCAGCUUUCUAUUGGAGCUGCAUGUGGGCUUUCAUGGCCGUCUGAUCGCAUUGUGAUUCAAGUGCUUGAUGAUUCAACAGAUCCAUUGAUCAAGGGUAUGGUGGAAAUGGAGUGUCAAAGUUGGGCAAGCAAAGGAAUAAACAUACACUACCAAGUUAGGGAAAAUCGAAAGGGUUACAAAGCCGGGGCACUUAAACAAGGGCUAAAGCAUGAUUAUGCCAAACAAUGCGAGUACGUGGUUAUCUUUGAUGCUGAUUUCCAACCCGAACCUGAUUUUCUCACUCAAACCAUCCCAUUCCUUCAUCAUAACCGUCAACUUGGUCUUGUUCAAGCUCGUUGGAAAUUCGUGAACUCAAAUGAUUGUUUAAUGACAAGAAUGCAAGAGAUGUCACUUGACUACCAUUUCAAAGUGGAGCAAGAAUCUGGUUCUAUUAAUUAUGCAUUUUUUGGAUUCAAUGGGACUGCCGGAGUUUGGCGGAUGGCUGCAAUUGAUGAGGCAGGAGGGUGGAAGGACCGCACCACAGUAGAAGAUAUGGAUUUGGCUGUCCGAGCUAGUCUUAAAGGAUGGAAGUUCUUAUACAUUGGUUCACUAAUGGUUAAAAGUGAACUACCAAGUGUGUUAAAAGCUUAUCGUUAUCAGCAGCACCGUUGGUCUUGUGGGCCAGCUAACCUUUUUAGAAAAAUGAUUUUUGAGAUCAUGAGAAAUAAAAAAGUGACAUGGUGGAAGAAGCUAUAUGUGGUGUAUAGUUUCUUCUUUGUAAGAAAGAUCAUAGCUCACUUUGUCACAUUCACGCUAUAUUGUGUUGUGAUUCCAGCAACUGUGUUUAUACCGGAAGUCAUGAUUCCAAGUUGGGGUAUAAUAUACAUCCCAACCAUCAUCACUCUUCUAAAUGCAGUUGGAACUCCCAGGUCAUUCUAUUUGGUGUUUUUUUGGAUUGUCUUUGAGAAUGUCAUGUCCCUCCAUCGAACUAAGGCCACAUUCAUCGGACUUUUCGAGACUCAAAGAGUGAAUGAAUGGAUCGUUACUGAAAAACAAGGAAAUGCAUCCAAGGUUAAAACGACAACACAACAAAGUCAGUCUCGGUUUAAAAUAAGUGAAAGAAUUCUUAUGUUGGAGCUUUGCGUGGGGAUUGUUCUCUUUGGAUGUGCUUGCUACGAUCUUGCAUAUGGGAAGUACCACUACUUCAUUUACCUUUAUCUACAAUCUAUAGCCUUUAUAACAAUGGGUUGUGGUUAUUUUGGACAUCAAGUCAACUCUUAGAUGACAAUGUUCUUUGACCGCUCAUCACUUUUCAAUUGCACGUUAAACCAACUAUAUAUCAUUCCACGCUAGUACGGCAUUCUUUCAUCAGUAGGUACACCAUACAAGCGUUACUUGAGAACAUGCGACUUUCUUUUGUAUAUUUUCAAUAAAAGGAAAAUGAAAGUGAUACAAUAUUUCACUCAAAGAAGAAAAAAAAACAUGAUGAUGGUAAGAAGAAAAUGUUCACUACGGCCUAUCUAGACAUGUAAUAUCAUAAUUUUUAGAUUUAUUUUGUACGUAAUAACUUAUUCGUGUAUGUAUGCUUUCUUUGUAAUUCUUGAACUCGAAUAAUAAUUUUUCCUGUAAUUCCUUAGCACAAAUAAUUAAGGGAGAUAAUUAUGUGAAAGACA